AUGCUGGUGGUUCUACUCACGUUGGUCAUGCUGACCCUGAGCUCAGCUCAGGACUCAAAUCGAGAAUUUAUAGUUUCCAACCAGAGAGAGAGACUACCCUCUUUCCAAGGACGCCCUGUUCGUACACAGAACCCAGAAUAUCAAAUUCAGCAGGAGCAGCAGGAGCAGCAGGUGCAACAAAGUCUUCAGCUGGAGCAGCAGGAGACGCAGGAUCUGCAGCAGAAAAAGCAGCCACCACAGAGGCCACCAGCACAGAGGGCACAGCGGCCACUACGAGAGCAGCUACAACGCAGAAACUAG